AUGCGAUCUUGGUUUGGUUUCUCUCGCGAGGCUAUGAAGCCUUCUGGGGUGGCCUUUCGCUCCGGCGCGGCCCCUGCCUUGUGUAGGAGCAUCACUGGUCCUGUCCCUUCUGCUUCUCCAUCAAGGCCUUCUGGGCAGGAUACACCCCUGCAGAAUGUGUCCGCCUCGGAUUACCCGACACCCGAGAAGUACUUGAAGAACCCAGACUUGAUUCCAACGUAUUACUCCUUUCAAAGCAACAUGGUGUCUGAUGAGGACCUCGCCCCAGGAAUGCUGCGCAAUCUGGAGGUGGACAGGCGGCUUACGCUGCCGACGCGCACGCACAUCCGCUUCCUUGUGACUGCAACGGAUGUCAUUCACUCGUGGGCCGUCCCUGCUCUAGGGAUUAAAGCAGACGCCAUACCAGGGCGGCUACAGAAGGUAAACACUUUUAUCCAGAGGGAAGGAGUCUUCUACGGGCAGUGUAGUGAAUUGUGUGGGGCCCUCCACGGCUUCAUGCCUAUUGUUGUUGAGGCUGUGAGCCCUGAAACGUACGCGGCGCAUGCAAAAAAAUGGUACAAGGAAUGA